UAGGCUCUCAUCACGGGGUACUUCUUCUUCAUGUGGUAUUUUCUGAAUGUGAUCUUCAACAUUCUGAACAAGAAGAUCUAUAAUUACUUCCCGUAUUCGUACUUUGUCUCUGUCAAACAUCUAUUUGUCAGAGUGGUGUACUGUCUGGUGAGCUUGAUAGUUGGGCUUCUUAAACGCGCUCCCAUCGAUUCCAAUAUUUUGAAAUUGCUUAUCCCAGUUGGGGUUUGCCACACUAUUGGUAAUGUCACAAGCAAUGUUUCAUUUGAUGUCGUUGCAGUCUCCUUCACCCACACAAUCAAAGCUUUGAAACCUUCCUUUAAUGCGGCAGCCUCACAAUUCAUUCUUGACCAACAGAUUCCCUUAACAUUGUGGUUUUCACUGACACCAGUUGUGUUUAAUGUCUCUAUGGCCUCUUUAACUGAGUUGUCAUUCAACUGGACUGGCUUUAUUAGUGUUAUGAUUUCUAAUAUCUCCUUCACCUAUAGAAGCAUUUAUUCAAAGAAAGCAAUGACUGAUAUGGACAACACAAAUUUAUAUGCUUACAUUUCAAUCAUUACACUGAUUGUUUACAUUACUCCUGCAAUAAUCUUUGAAGGACCUCCGUUGCUUCAACAUGGCUUCAAAGCAAAAGUCGGUUUAAAUAAGUUCAUCACAAAUCUAUUCUGAGUAGGCAUGUUUUAUCACCUCGAUCGACCAAGAGAGUAA